AUGGCAGAGGCUGGGGACUGGCAAGGUGGUCUGGAGGAUUUGUUCGAUUUUAACAUUCCGACUCUGGGGGAGUUUGAGGGGGGGGGAGGUAAAGCCCUCUACAACCUCUGCAUUUAUAAGCCUUCUAGGAUCCUGUGUGAGACAGUAAAGGACUUUGUUGCCAAAGUGGGGAAGUCCUAUGAGAGAAGCACUGAGAAUACAGAGGAGUGUGACACCAUGUCUCUCAAAUGUGCCAUCCUGAAUGAGAAGCUAGAUUUGCUCCUUCAGACCCUCAACACAGAAACCCAGUCAUUCCCCCCACCUCCUCGCCUUUCCACACCCCCCAUCGUUGAGGAGGAGGAAGAAGAGGAGGAGGUGAGCGAGGAGUCGUUGACCGAGCUGAAGGAGAAACUGGAAGCGGAGGAGAGUGAGAAGGGAGGAGAGAACGGAGGAGGUUCGCCACACAAGAUGUUCAGAGCUAAAGAACAGUUGAUGCUUCGGGCAAACAGCCUGAAGAAGGCUGUACGAGAGAUUAUGCAACAGGCAGAGAGAGUGGUGGAUGAGCAGAAUGCCAGCACGGAGGAGCAGGAGCUGCCGUCCACGUUUGAGUUCAGGAAGGAGGGAGAGGAGGACAACAGGGACAGUGAAAAGGACGAGGACACCAAGGAACUAGAGACCCUGCCAUUGGCUAAGAGUCCUUGUUCCCCUCCUGAAAGGUGUGUGAGUCGCAGCAGCCAAUCAUGUGGCUCUUUCUCCAUCACACCCUUCACCACCAGCAAGGAGAACCUGCCUGUACUCAACACGCGUAUCAUCUGCCCUGGUACAUCCUACGGUUUGCGUGCUGGUCUGGCAGCCUCUAUAGCUGGUAGCUCCAUCAUCAGUAAGAUGCUGCUGGCUAAUAUCGACCCAUUUGGAGCUACGCCCUUUCUGGACUCUGACCUGGACUCACUAGAGGGCUUUAGUGAGAAGUGUGUAAUGAACAACUACUUUGGCGUUGGGCUGGAUGCUAAGAUCACAUUGGAGUUCAACAACAAGAGGGAAGAACACCCAGAGAAGUGCAGGAGUCGUACUAAGAACAGGGUAUGGUAUGGGGUUCUGGGCACCAAGGAACUCCUCCAGAGAACCUACAAGAAUCUAGAACAGAAGGUUCAACUGGAGUGUGACGGCCAGUACAUCCCCCUGCCCAGCCUUCAGGGCAUUGCGGUGCUGAACAUCCCCAGCUAUGCAGGUGGAACAAACUUCUGGGGAGGAACCAAGGAGGACGACAUAUUCUGUGCCCCGUCAUUUGAUGAUAAAAUCCUGGAGGUGGUAGCAGUGUUUGGCAGUAUGCAGAUGGCUGUGUCCAGAGUCAUCAAACUGCAACAUCACCGCAUAGCACAGUGUCGCUCAGUGAAGAUCACUAUCCUGGGAGAUGAGGGUGUUCCUAUCCAAGUGGACGGAGAGGCCUGGGUACAACCUCCUGGAGUCAUUAAGAUCCAACACAAGAACAGAGCCCAGAUGUUGACCAGGGACAGG